GCGUUACAACCGUUCAGUGCGUCGCAUCAGCAGCAGCAGCAGCGGCGGCGGCGGCGGCAGCGGUGGCGGCGGCAGAAGAAGAAGAAGAGGCAGCAGCAGCAGUGAAUUUAUUAUCGCAGCAGCCAAGGGUAUUGAAGUGAAACGGAGGAAGGAGCGAGAGAAAAGGAUUUACGGAUCCCGACCCAGCAUGGCUACCCAAACGACAGCAUCAUGCACUGGAUCCACUCUGCUGCAGCCCAUCAGCGACAUUAUCAACCUCCCUCUCGAUCAGGUGAAUUUUGUGGCAGGUCAGCUGUUUGCCCUGCUCAUGGCUGUGUGGUUUCGGAUCUACCUCCACCCCAGUAAAACCAGUCCGUUCAUCAGGCAUGUGGUGGCCACUCUACUGGGCUUCUACUUGGCUCUCUUCUGCUUCGGCUGGUAUUCCCUCCACUUCCUGGUACAGAGUGGUCUGUCCUACAGUGUGAUGGUCUUCGCUGGCCUGGAGCACAUGCACAAGUACUGCUUCAUUGUGACACUCGGCUACCUGAUCUUGUGCCAGAUCACGCGAGUCUAUGUGUUCGACUAUGGCAUGUACUCGGCAGAUUUCACGGGGCCCAUGAUGGUUAUAACACAGAAGAUUACCAGCAUGGCAUUCGAAAUACACGAUGGACUGACCAAGCGAGAAGGGCAGCUGACCCCCAAUCAGAAAUACCUAGCAAUCAGUCGAAUGCCCAGCCUGCUGGAGUACCUGAGCUACAACUGUAACUUCAUGGGCAUCCUGGCGGGGCCCACCUGCUCCUACAACGACUACAAGGCCUUCAUCGAGGGCACGAGCUACCAGCCGCGCCACCAGGAGAACGCCAACGGCAAGGAGAACGGGAAGUACAAGCAAACCGAACCCUCGUCCAAGAACGACGUCAUCUCCAAGCUGUGCACGUGUGCCAUCUCGCUGGCCAUCUACCUGUCCCUGUGCAAGCUGCUGCCCGUGGAGCGCUCCAUAGACGACGGCUUCAUCAGCUCGACGCCGUUCCAUCUGCAGGUCGUUUACCUUUACCUGGCCAUGCUGGCCCUGAGGCCAAAGUACUACUUUGUUUGGACGCUGGCCGAUGCUAUCAACAACGCCGCCGGAUUCGGCUUCAACGGCUACAACAAAGACGGCUCUCCUCGGUGGGACCUGAUAUCGAAUCUCAGAAUUCUGGACAUUGAGUUUGCCACCAGUUUCAAGAUGUUCCUAGACAACUGGAAUAUCCAAACAGCCCUUUGGCUUAAAAGGGUGUGCUACGAGCGCUGUCCCAUUAACCCCACCGCUGCCACCUUCAUGCUGUCGGCCAUGUGGCACGGGGUCUACCCCGGGUACUAUCUGACCUUCCUCACCGGCAUCGUCAUGACCAUGGCUGCACGUGCAAUAAGACACAACAUCAGACCAUACUUCCUGGUCUCUGACUCACACAAGCGCAUCUAUGAUGUCAUCACAUGGGCAGGGACUCAGGUUGCCAUUAGCUACACUGUGGUGCCAUUCGUCCUACUCGCAGUGGGACCCUCAUUUAAAUUCUACAGGUCUUGUUACUUCUGCUUACACCUCCUGUGUCUGCUCUUGGUACUGGCCUUACCCGUGAGAUCGAGACGCUGGCAGUCCAAAGAGCAGCGGGACGGCCUACAGAAGGACGGCCUACGGGACAGCCAGACAGAACACAACAGCACAGACAACAACUGCAACCAGAAAGCCAAAGCCACAUGAGGCUCCAGACGGCUGGCGCCCAGUCCCUUCAGCAGCAGAAACACUGAGACGAACUAGAAACCACUGAGGACUGGACUGCGGCGAGUCGGGGUUUGCUUGACAAAGAACCAAAUAUCAGACACUCGGAGAAUCCUAACAGACAGAAAAUAUGUCAAUGUCCUGCCGAUACUUCCAGUAGCACGGAUUACAGCAGUCACACUUCUUGACAUGGAAAAGAACAGGGAUGUAACAACGGCCACAGUGUAAACCAAUGAUUGAUAGCAGUUAUUUUACAUUGAGUGGAAUUAAAGACUUCCAAGCUGCCUUAAACCCUCUAUGUACUUGGUGAGAGUGGCACGCUGCGAGAACCUAACAUGCAGGUGCACCGGUGUGACGCCGCAGGUGGUAGAAGACGAGUAUGAAGAGUAUGUGGAGGGUUUUUGUCAUUGUCUGGAUACAAGCCUUUGUUAGGUGGAAACAGCAAAUGUGUUUGUGUAAAAGAAACAUAAUUCUUCAUCAUCAGCUGCCAAUUUCAAACAGGCCUUAGGAUCCUCUUAACAUUGUUUGAUUUCUGUGUCUUUUUUUUUUUAAAGGAGAACUUCAUACAACAUAAGUUUUUAGGUUUAGAUUUUUGUGACGACACUGUUUUGUUGUUGUUGUUGUUGUUUAUUUUUGUUCUGGCCUUCUGGAAAGUUUUCUCCACCCCCAACAUUGGGAAGUUCUAAAAGUCAUGAAAUGAAUUUCUUUUACACUUUUUUUUAUAUUAUUCAUAUCUGCUGCUUUUUUGACAAACGUCGCUCAUCAGAUAAAUGUGUGUAUGAAAGGGAGUUUAUUUACCUUGUUGUUACUAAGAAUACUUUUUAAAGGAUUUCUGACUCUGGGUUCAGGGGUGUGACAAAUUUGUUUUAAAGUGUUUGUAUGUUUUCACGCCACAGGUUUCCUCUGUGCUCAAAUGUCUUGCCCGUGUAAUUCUGUAAAACCUCCGAGACUAUUUCAACGACCGUAAAUGAGAUUGUAUAUUUGGUUAAAAAAAAAAACACAGUGGACUAACAUCGCUGCUGGACACUUGUACAGUUUAACUCCGCCUCUUGAAUCUGACAAGAAUCUUAUCAGAUUACCACAUAAAUUAUUACAAACCAACAGAAAAACAUCUUCCAAAUAGAUGCAUAGGCUAUAUACAAUGUGUGCAAUCAAAUAUGCAAUUUGCAUUUGUCUGUGAGGAAAUCUGACGUGGUUAUUUAUGUACGUGACAUUAUAUUGUACAAAAUUCAAAGACCCAGACCAGCCGAUGGCGAGUGGUCUGAUUUCAUAUUGUGUGCUCUUACGUUUGUAGAUUUAGGCGAUGUUUCCGGGGUGCAUUUACUGUAUGGUAUAAGAGACACUGGUUCCUCAUGUUGUUUCAGUCCACGGCUCACCUUUUCGUUCCACAUCAUCUGGAUUACGUUUCGCAAAAAAAAAAAACACCCCGCUCCCGUGACACUUUACGGCAGUGAUUCCCAAAGACGUGGGUGGUGGUGGUGGGAGAAGGGGGAAAAAAAUAAUUGCAGUGCCCCCAAGAAAGUUGCAGAGUUGUCCCGACCUUUUCAGUUAAGAUUCAUGUGUAUAUAUUUCAAGUAACGUGUGUAAAAUGAAGUUGUAAUUCAGUUACCAAACCAUCUCUUGGAUAAAGAUUCAUCAAAAACGAUCUUUGGUGUCACAGAUAUGGCGGUAAAUUAGUGCCACAGAGAGUUUGCCAUCUUUAAAAAAAGUGGGUCCCCACGUAGAAAGUUUGGGAAACACUGCUUUACUGUGUCAUAAAAAGAACAGUUGUAGGGUUAGUGAAGAAAACAGUCAAAAUGACACCUAUUUACGUAGAGCAGUAAAUAAUCUGGGGGGGGAGGGAUUCCACGCCCACAGUAUCAUAAACACUUUUGAAAUUGUGCAUAUUUCUUUUCUAAAAAAAAAAAAAACCUUGUCAGUAAAUGUAGUUGGUUUGGUGCGUUUGUGUUAUGUAAUAUAAUAACAAAGCAGCAGAGGUGAGCUUUGAAGUAUGGACCUCUUUACGAUUUGAUUUUAAGAUGUUCUAACUUUGCAUAUUCCUGCCAUAACUGUGUGUGUGUGUGUGUGUGUGUGUGUGUGUACCAGUAUUCAUGUGAUCCGUACAUGUCAGUGUGGUCUCAAGUAAACUGUAUUUGUAGCCUGGGCCCUGUGUAGGUAAGUGUGGCCCAACCUAAGGGGAAAGGGAUGUCAUUCUACAAACAUAGCGAUUAUUGCACUGCAUGGCCACCCAAACCAGCAGAUCAAUGCAAACUGCUCCAUAUGUCCAAAGUGCCAAAUCAUAAACGGCGCAUUUUGUUUUUGUGCGUAUGUGUGCAUGUGUGCCUGUGUGAGUAUGUGUGCGUGAGCAUGGGUCCAUGUAGUGUGUGUGUGUGUGUGUGUGCGUGCGCGCGCCUGUGUAACACAAUGGUUAUUUUUGUGUCUGAAGGAAAUUUAUUGAAAGAUUUGUAUAACAAUACAUUAAAAUUCUGAUUUAUGUGGCAAAAAUAAAGAGAAAUUAUUUUUAAACACUAAAA